UGCACAUCGAAACCUGGUCGACAUCAACCGUAAAUGACUGGUACGGUAUACUGAUGGUAUAAUAAUCAUAAGGUCUUAUAAACACUACUAGAAUUGUCACAUACGAGGGCAAAGAUGGAGGCUUUACAAGGCGAGGAUCUAGUGAAGCUACACGGCCAACAACUGAGCCUCAUCGAACUGAUGAAUUUCAUGAGAAGAAGUGCCAGGACACAGGAGAUCCAAAAACGGGAUAAGUUGGAUUCUAGCGAUGGAGCAAAUAUUGACGAACACGAUCAGUUUUAUAGAGAUCACAAGUUGCUGCUUGCUUUAUUCAGGAUAUUGGCCGUGAUGCCAGUUCAACGUGGGAAAAUAGGCAAAAUCACCUUCGGAUGGACCAGUGCCCCAAUGAUCUAUGCUUACAUUUUCUAUGUGGUCACUACAGUGAUCGUGGUAAUGGUUGGCAUUGAGCGCUUCGACAUUCUACUGAACAAGAGCAAGAAGUUCGAUGAGUACAUCUACUCAAUCAUCUUCAUCGUCUUUUUAGUGCCGCAUUUCUGGAUACCGUUUGUUGGUUGGGGCGUGGCUUAUGAACGCCCUGAUGGAAGGGUACACACUGUACCACACCACGGCCUACUAUCAUAUAAUUACGAUGAUAAACAUGAACUGCGCACUGUGGUGUAUGGAUUUACAUCUGAGGCCAUAGAAAAUGGAAUAACACUCUCAUUCAAAGAGCUAGGUUUGUUGGUAGACGCGGUAUACUGUAUGUCACUUCUUUACAUCUUUUGCGAUUGCUCACAUCAGGCUUCCGAAAAUAUUGCUGAACGAGUUCAGACGACCUUGCUUAGUAUCAACUUGAGCGAGGUGGAUUCUCAUACAACCAAAGAGAGAUCACAAGUUGCUGCUUCAUUUAUUCAGGGUGAGUAUUUUCGGGCGACAAUGCACACAAAAAUAUUAGAUCAGAAAAAUAGGAAAUCAAAUGAGAUCUUCAAAGUAGGAAUAGCCAUCCUUUAUGUACCCAAAAAAUAUGCAAGCUCUUUUAACACAACUUGGACCAGUGUUCCAAUGAUCUAUGCUUACAUUUUCUACGCGGUCACCACAGUGAUCGUGGUACUGGUCGGCAUUGAGCGCUUCGAUAUUCUACUGAACAAGAGCAAGAAGUUCGACGAGUACAUCUACUCAAUCAUCUUCAUCGUGUUCUUAGUGCCGCAUUUCUGGAUACCGUUUGUUGGUUGGGGCGUUGCUUAUGAAGUGUGCGAUUAUAAGAAUUUAUGGGCAGUAGUUUUCCUUUUGACACUUAGUACCCUAUUGGAAGGGUAUACGCUGUACCACACCACGGCCUACUAUCAUAUAAUUACGAUGAUAAACAUGAACUGCGCACUUUGGUACAUCAAUUGCAGAGCUAUCGGUAACGCUAGUGCUGCAUUAGCUGACGUAUUUCAAAAGGUGUAUGGAUUUACAUCUGAGGCGAUAGAAAAUGGAGUAACACUCUCAUUCAAAGAGCUAGGUUUGUUAGUCGACGCAGUAUAUUGUAUGACUCUUCUUUAUAUCUUUUGCGAUUGCUCUCAUAAGGCUUCUGAAAAUAUUGCUGAACGUGUUCAGACGACUUUGCUUAAUAUCAACUUGAGCCAGGUGGAUUCUCAUACAGCCAAAGAGGUAAGAUGUGCUGCGCUAACGUGCAAAUGGAAAAUUUACAAUCUGAAAACAGAAACAAGUGGUUGUAAGAACGUCAUUCUGCAAUCUGUGUUUGUGUGUGUGCGUGCACUGUGA